AACGAGAUGGCGGAGGAACCCCGCGAGAAGCGCGAACGCAAGGCGACCGUCGAGGUCUACUCGGUCGCCUCUCCCACCAAGAAGGAGUUCGUCAUCCCCGAGGGUGCCGGCACCAAGGUUGGAGACAUCCCCAACGUGGAGUUCGCCCUCGGCAAGUUCAGGUCGGACGAUGAAUUCCUCAAGACGGUCCACCGCCUCAUGUUCGGCACUCCCGGCAAGGCGACGAUUAUCAAGAAGAACAUCCGCGCCUUCUCCGGCCUGCCCCAGGACGACGAGAAGGCCACUACCCGCGCGGAGGACAUGCUCAAGCGCGCGUUCAACGCCACCCUGAACCAGCUGCUGGACCUCUUUGACCUGCCUCGCGGAUCGGGCGAGGAGGGCAAGAAGGAGGCCAAGGAGAAGCGAAUCUUCGCUUGGCUCAUGAAGCCCACGCAGUCCGGCAACAAGAACCUCAAGGAGGCCGCGGAAGCCAAGCGCGAGAAGGCUGCCAAGAAGCGCGACAGGGUGGCUGCCAAGAAGGAGAAGGCUGCCUCCAAGAGGGCCAAGGUUUCCACGGGCAAGCUCCCGGAUGACGUCAAGGCAAUCAAGGCCGAGCUCAAUGCGCUGGCCGCGAGGCAGGCCGCACUGCUCAAGAAGCUUGAAAAGGCUAUCGAAGGCGGUGCCAAGAAGAAGGCUGCCCCGAAGAAGAAGGCGGCGGCGGAGGAUUCCGAAGACGAGGAUUCCGAAGACGAGGAGGCGUCAGACGAGGAGGCGUCAGACGAGGAGGAAGAGGAGGUUGCCGAGGAGGAAGACGCCAAGGAUGAGGCGGCGCCAAGCCAGAAGGAGGAGCCCCCGCCUCCCAGCCCCGCCGUCGCGACGUCCGCCCCCACGGCGCCCACCGACGAGGAACUCGAGUAUGCGGUCAAGGAGAUGCUCGCCGGCGUUAACCUGGAGUCGGUCUCCAUGAAGAAGAUUCGCGUCGACCUCGAGGAAAAAUUCGGCGUCCCGCUCAACGACAAAAAGUCCAUCAUCAAGGAGUUCGCCGAGAAGUACAUCUCCUAAACGCACGGACACACACAACCCCGACGCGCAAGGCUCGCUCCCCGCGCGUGACACAUGCAUGCGAUGGACACUCCAGGAGCCAUGAAUCCUGCGGAGCCGUUGCUAUAAUAAAAAUCAAACUUUAAGCGCC